AACUCUCGUUUCCUGAAUGAGGAAGUGAAACUCAGGCACAGACUGCUGCUCUGCUCAACAUUACUCCUGUAGAACUCGUCAGGCAUGCGGACUUUUCUGGGGGAAAUAUCAAGGAAGAGUUACAUUGCUUCUGUUCAAAACCUUACAGACAUUUGGAUAAGUUUGCAGAUUGACAACUAAAACACAAACGGGACUCAGAGACUCAGUAGAUUGAUCAAACCUGUGAAAGUGAAAGUACAGAUUGUCAACCAGUCAUAACCAGAGGGAAACGUUUACUUGGAUUGCAUUUAUUCUUUGAAAAUGGCCUCUAAACUAGAAGAGGAGAUAUCUUGUCCUGUGUGCACGGAGAUCUUCAAGGAUCCUGUCAUCCUGACCUGUAGUCACAGUGUGUGUAGAGUCUGUCUGCAGCAGUUCUGGGACACCAAAGGAUCCAGAGAAUGUCCGGUCUGCAGGAAUACAUCGCUGAAAGAUUCUCCCCUCCCAAAUCUGACUUUAAAGAACCUCUGUGAGGUUUACUUACAAGAGAGAGAUCAUACGGACGCACUCUGCAAAGAGCACAAAAGAAAACUGGAGCUCUUCUGCCAAGAUGACAAACAGCUUGUGUGCCUGGUGUGUCUGUGCUCAAAAUUACACAAACAUCACAACUUCAGUCCUACUGUGGAAGCUGCCUGUGAGAUGAAGGAGGAGCUCAAGAACAAGCUGCAGCCUCUACAGGAGAAGCUGGAGGAGUUUGAGGAAGCUAAAGUGACCUGUGAUGAAACAGCUGAGUAUAUUAAGACUCAAGCCCAGAACACAGAAAAGCAGAUCAAGGAGGAGUUUGAGAAGCUUCACCAGUUUCUACAAGAUGAAGAGGCAGCCAGGAUUGCUGCACUGAGGGAGGAAGAGAAGCAGAAGAGUCAGAUGAUGAAGGAGAAGAUUGAGAAGAUGAGCAGAGAGAUCUCAUCUCUUUCAGACUCAAUCAGAGACAUAGAAGAGAAGAUGGGAGCUGAUGACAUCACAUUCCUGCAGAACUACAAGAGCACAGUGGAAAGAGCCCAGUGCACACUGCAGGAUCCAGAGAGGGUUUCAGGAGCUCUGAUCAAUGUGGCAAAGCACCUGGGCAACCUGAAGUUCAGAGUCUGGGAGAAGAUGCAGGAGAUUGUUCAGUACACUCCUGUGACUCUGGAUCCCAACACUGCAAAAUCCAAUCUCAUCCUGUCUGAGGAUCUGACCAGUGUGAAAUGGGGUGAUGAGAGGCAGCAGCUUCCUGAUAACCCAGAGAGAUUUGAUCACUUUGCCAGUGCCCUGGGCUCUGAGGGCUUUAACUCAGGGACUCACUGCUGGGAUGUGGAGGUUGGAGAGAACACACAGUGGAGUGUGGGUGUGAUGACAGAGUCUCUCCAGAGGAAGGGAGACUACACCUCCACAAGUGGAUGGUGGUGUGUUGGGUGUAAUGAUGAUAUAUAUGGAGCAUGUGCUACACCACAGACCCUCACUCUCCUCACAGUGAAGCAGAAACUCCAGAGGAUCAGAGUGCAGCUGGACUGGGACAGAGGAGAGCUGUCAUUCUCUGACCCUGAUAAUAACACCCACCUACACACUCUCACACACACUUUCACUGAGAGAGUGUUUCCGUACUUUAAUGGCUGUCGGAUGUCUCCUCUGAGGAUCUUACCAGUGAAGGUUUCAGUAACAGUAGAGCAGCCCAGUCACAUUGCUAAAACUAGUUAUCUAAAAACCAUGAGAAUUAUUCAUUUUCUAUUAAGAUAAACAAAAAAAUCUAGUUUGUUUUGUUUUAGUAUAAAGAAAUUUAGCAAUUUCUCGUUAAAUCAUUUGACUCCAUUUAAAAAGAGUUAUUUUAAGACGUCUCAUCAUGAAAACAAGGAAAUUUGGCUGCCAGUGCUUUAAGCAAAUUUGUCUUAAAAACAAGCCAACUUGGUUGCCAGUAUAUUAGCCAACUUUGUCUUGAUAAGACGUCUGGUCCCCCGGCGGUGGAGCGAUCGGCCAAGUGUCAUCAGAGCAGGGGCAUUCGUCUCUCUCUUCGAAAAACUCUUGAAGAUGCAACUCUUCCAAUACCUCCUCUCCUAGCACUUCUGACAACCUUAUACACACCUGAUGCACACUUGCCGUGCUCUUCCCUCUCUCUCCCCUCCUCAACUUCCUUUUUCUCCACUUCCUUCUCUUCCCCUCUCUACCUCCUUCCUCUACCACUUUCUCCUCCUACCACACUGUAUUAGUAUGUAUAAAGUAGGCUCUCCUAUCCUCUAGUGUUGACAGAUGCAGUGGUAAUUCCUUGCUAAGGCAUCGUCUUCUGGCUACUUUAAUUUUGUUCAGAAUUGUCUGAUGUGUUGAAUAUCCUCUAAAAUAAUUGCUGGUGUUUUGCCAUUUAUUACUCUAUGACAGUGUUUCUAUGUUGCAGAUUUGUUGCAUGCAGGCAUUUUGAUGAUGUUUUUGGAUCUAUGUUUUUCUGCACUGCUGCAACAAGCACAUUAAAAUAUCACCACUGCAGUGAAUCUAAUAGCUGUUCUGUUCUAUGAGGCAUUGUCUUCUGGGUACUUGAAUUGCAUUUCUGAUGUUCUGUGUUUAGAAUCCUCUGAAAUAAUUGCUGAUUUUAUAUAAUUUAUUACACUAUGAUGGUUUGUUAUCCAGGUCUGUGUUUUUACACUGCUGCCACAAGCACAUCAAAAUAUCAGUUCAAUAAAUGAUGUGGAUUU